CGUCGGGGGAAGAAGCUGAGGCGUGAGGCGAGGAAAGGAGCGAGAAGGAAGGCGGAGGAGGAGGAGGAGGAGGAGGAAGAAGAGGAAGAAGAGAAGGGCUGCGGAAGUUUGGCCCUUGGAGAUGAUCGCUGUUCCUCGGAAGGUGUGGAAGAUGGCAGCACAAAUGACCCCCCAGGCUGUGAGGAGGAAAACGGUGACGCGACUGAGUCUGGUGCCGGAACCGGUACAGGCUGGGCAGAAGCCAUGGCGAAAAUCCUCGGCAAAAGAACGCCGCAAAGUAGACCCACCAUUCUGGUCAAGAGUAAAGAGCUGGAGAAGGAAAAAAAGAAGGAAAAACAAGAGAGGCUGGAGAAAAGAAAGCAGCUUGAUAAGAAGCGGGAGUGGGAAAUGAUGUGCAGAGUGAAGCCAGAUGUUGUCCAGGACAAAGAAAAAGAAAGAAAUCUGCAGAGAAUCGCGACGAGGGGCGUGGUUCAGUUAUUUAACGCAGUUCGGAAGCACCAAAAGAACGUGGACGACAAAAUGAAAGAAGCUGGAGGGUCCAUGCGGAAGCGGGCAAAGUUGAUGUCAUCUGUUUCAAAAAAAGAUUUUAUUAGUGUCCUCAGGGGGAUAGAAGGCAGUAAAAAUGAAGACAGUGCUUCUGGGAAGACCUCACAAGCCAAACAGGCCAAAGGGAAAUCAGAAGAAGGCCCAGGUUGGAACAUACUGCGUGAUGACUUCAUGAUGGGAGCAUCUAUGAAAGACUGGGAUAAAGAAAGUGAUAAAGAGGACAAUGCAGAACCUGGCUCUCAACGUACAAGAUAAUGAAAGUGACUCUGACAGCUGAAAAUGCAAAGAAAAAAGAAUUUGAUUUAAUUUAUCUAAUUUGUUUGCAAAAACUCUUGAACACAUUGCAUUCUGGGGAUUACAGAAGUACUUAGCCCUCCCACCCCUUUUUUUUUUUUACUUUUUGGAGAAAGCGAAAGAAUCUUCCUUCACUUACCCAAUUCUGAAUUUUCCUUUUAACGUAUUAAAUAACAACAUUCUGAAAUAUUUUCCAAAACAUGUAAUUUUCUACAUAUUCCCAAACUAUUUUGUACAGUUUAAACAGAGGUGUUUGUCCCACUGAACGUUCAUUUGCCGUGAUCAUUAAAAGAUUUCAUUUUA